UAAUAAAAUAAAAUAAAAAAACCAAUCAAAUCGAUCCGCAGUCCGAAUUUUCUUCGUCCUCCCUGAAGAAAAGGAGGAAAAGAAGAAGAAGAAGAAGUAGAGAUAUUUUGUGGUGGAAAUAUGGAACUUUUCUGGUGGCGUUUGGACGGAGGCGGUAGAUGGAGACUGGAUUCGCGACCUGUUCUAAUAAUGUGAAUUAAUGUUUAAAGGGUACACGUCUCAUUGCCCUAAUUGCUGCAUAGACGGCAAGCAAACUUCAAUCCUCCCUAACUUCUACAUAUAUUUCUCUCUCCCUUUUUGCUUAUUCCAUUUUCUUCCCCUGUCACUUUAUUGCAUUUUACAUUACACAACCUGAAUUAAGAAUCUUUCUUUGAGUCUUGCAUCAUGAGAACCACUUGCUGCCUUAAUCUCCCUCCUCCUCCAACUUCAAACCCAUCUCUCAACACUUGUAUCCCCGUUAAGCCACCCCCUCAGCUUCCUCUGGUCAAAGAUGAAGGGAGCUGGAGAAGCCAAUGCAUUAUGAUGAAAAUGGCUUGCACUCUCAUCGGACUUCAACUCGGAAAUUCGGUGACUGCCCCUGAAACGGAGUUUGCCCUUGCUCUGCAUCUGCCAGUUCCCGCCGCCGCCGCCGCCAAGUGGAGCGAGAAGAGGGCCUGCCCCUCCUGGCGUCACAACUCCUGGGAAACCGUCGUGCCGGAGAAUCUCCCAAGGCCUGCCGCUCGCCGGAGGUGGAUAAUUUCCACCAAAGUUUGCUCCAUACACAGUAAUUGAAAGCUAAAUUUCUGGUCACUUACCUAAGAAUGGGAGACAAGAGGCUGUAAUAUUGUUUCUAAUAUGAACCUUGAACUCCAACAUGUUCCUCUAAAUCAUUCAUUUAGGAAAGGAAAUCCUAUGAUGCUGUACAAAAGCGGUUUAUUAAUGUUGUGGCUGUUGUUAGUGGGA